AUGCGAAGGUGGCACUGCAGCAGGUGGACAACCUCCUACAAGGUACUCGAAUUCUCACGAUUGAGGAGGCCGGGGGCGCGCUGGCCUCCAACUCCCGGCCGCCACGGCUGGCAGUGGCCAGAGAAACCACGGCCUUCGACGCAGCAAUCGCACGUAGCGCCCGCGGCGAGCGGGUUGCCGUGA